AUGAGCACAUAUGCUAAAAAGGGUCAUAUACCAAAAACUAGAAGAAGUCGUUCACUAAAUACUAGAAGAAGUCAUUCACCAAGUAUUCAAAGGAGCCAUUCAUCAUCUGUUUGGGAUUUAAGAGGUCAUGAUAAUGACCGCUUACCAUCCAUCAGGAAUCUAAGAGAUCAUAAUAAUGACUAUUCACUAAUCAUCAUAGAUUCGAAAAGAUUUAGUAAUAGUCAUUCACUAAGUAUUCAAAGGAGACAUUUAUCAUCUGUUCAGAAUUCAAGAGGUCAUGAUAACGACCGCUUACCAUCCAUCAGGAAUCCAAGAGGUUAUGAUAAUGACUGUUCAUCAAUCAUCAUGGAUUCAAAAAGAUUUAGCAAUAUUUGUUUGCUAAGAGGAUAUGAUAAUGAUAUGACCCUAAGUAGAGCUAUCAGCAUACUUAUAGAAGAGGUUCAAAACAUCAAGGCAGCCUGCCUCUUAAUGGGAACCAAAUGA